UUUUGUUCCUGUGACAGAACAAGUUUACGUCGCGGUGUGACGAGACCGACCAAGAAACACAACCUGCUACGUUAUGGUGAAGAAAAGAUGAGGUGUUUCCUUCUUCUUUAUGAAGGUUUAUUCAUCAGCUCUGUGUUUGCUCUCCUCCCUGCACCUGACAAGCUUUCAGUAAAGUCUGUCAACUUCCACCAUGUGCUGCACUGGGAACCUGGACCUGGCACUCCCCCAGGAACAACGUACUGGAUCACCAGGUUGGAGAGGAAAAGGGAGAAUUCAUCACUUCAAUCAACUAACCAAACAUCAUUUAAGUUGAAGCUGAACAACACAAAGAAAAUUUAUAAAUUCGCUGUUUGGGCAUCCUACAACAAAUCCCGGUCUCCGCAGUCCAAAACAAUCACCUUUAUCCCUUUCAGAGACACCACAAUAGGUCCUCCAGAGCUGUCAGUGACUGGAUGUGGGACAUGUCUUCAGAUCAACAUUACACUGCCAAAAGCUGACAGCCGGUCAGGGAUUCAUGACCUACAGAAAUUCUAUGAUGCCGCCUUCAAAAUUCUGUGGAGGAAAGAAAACGAAAGAAAAAGCGAGGCACGGGCAGUCCAAGAAGACAAUGCCAGGAAUUCAUCGAGCUCAGAUUGUGAAAGAGUGGUUCAGGGAACAGGAGACAUAACUUUCAUACGGAGACAGACGGAGGAUUGUGUGAUGGAGUUGGACACGCUUAACCAGAGUUUCACUUUAAGCAGCUUAGAAAAGGGUGUAUCGUACUGCGUACAGGUGCACACAAAGAUUCGGACGAACAAAAACACUGAACCAUCUGGUUGGCACUGCAACUUCACCAGCCCUGAGGAGCCAAGAACAGGCCCUGUUGUUUUAGGUAUUGUUUCUGCUCAGUGUAUCCUUGUUGUCGUCCUGAUGAUGGCUAUGUCUUGCAUGUGCUACACCGGAUUCAUUUGCGAACUGAAAGUAACCAGGCCAAGAGCUCUAAGGACAGUGCUAUUGAAGAGCUCCAUCAUGACUCCAGACAGGACCGUCUCAAACCAGAUCUCCAUUAACUCAGAAACCAGCACACAGAGGAAUUAUAACAACUCCACAGCAUCACCUCCUGCCACCAUGGACGGUAACGAUGAGAAGAACUAUUAUGAAGAGGAGGAAGAUGAGAGACAUCUAUAUUUAGACAGAGCUGCAGAACCUUCUUCGUAUGAAAGUUCCCUGCAGCAUUCUGGUGAUGUGUGUGGCAGCAGGACGUUGGCUGGACCCGAGAAUCAUGGGGGUUCAGCAGAGAGUCUGUCAGCAGAGACAGAAUUUGAUCAAGACCAUGACAAAGUUGAAGGAGCAGAAAUCAUAAACAAUUUUGAUCAAAUUGGAGUCCUGGGACGAGUCAGAGGUGGGGAGGAAGAGGAGGAGGAGGAGGAGGAAAUGAAAGAAGAGAAGGACACGCAGGACAUCUCAGAUAAUGUAAAUCUAUUCUCAGUCUUCGUUGCUUCGCUGGCUGGAGGCUGUGAAGAUCAGGAGGAGGAUACAGAAGAAUCUCUUACAGACUUUUUGAAAGUUUCCAGUCUGGAGAAUUUGAGUCAGAAAGUCUCAGAAACCGAAUCAGAAGACGAGACAUCUCAGCUGUUGAGAGAUGGUCCAGGGGGAGAGGUGGGCUCUGGUUAUGAGCAGGUGCACGCAGUGUGAGACAUCAUGUCCAGGUGAAAAGUUGGACAUUGGUCUUAAUGCCACUUGGCUUAUUAUAAUAGAAACAAAGCAUCAUUUUAAUGAGUCUUUGGACGAUCUUGCUCAUUGAACAGGAAUGUUUGUUUCCGUUGCAGCUACGUCUGUUUUUAGUGCUACACAGAGAAAUAUUUUCUGUUUUUGAGUGUCCUAAUAUGAAGGCUUAGUGUCUGAGAGCUCAAGGAAAGUUGAGUGUUUUAUCUUGAACAUAAAUUUUGGAAUAGAAAGAAAAUUGCUUGGUUUGUAAUGAAGUAGAAAAUCAACAAUAAUCUGUGAUUGUCUUCUCUGCAGGCUCUGGAUUCAGCCUUGUACUUCAUUAUGUUUCUCAGGCUUACUGCAAACUAAAGUUUUAUGUCAUGUUUAUUAUUUAUUUUUUAUUUUUUUCUUUACAUUUUUAAAUGUCUUGGAUAGCAGAUUAAUUGAAUGGUGAUCAGUGAUUAAGUGAGGAGUCUUUCAUGGUUAUGAAAUCCUUUCCGUGUGCCUAUAAAACACCAUUACUCACUGUAACAAUCUCAUUGUAAAACAUGUUUAGAUCACUUGGAUCAGUUAAAUGCAGAGAACUAAUUUCCCAAUUGGGAUCAAUAUAGGAAAAAAUAUUAACAACCAAACAGCUGACUGACAAAUGCCAUCUAACGUCCGUUAACGUCCUUUUUGAUUGUAUAGUUAUUUUUUUUUAUUUUAAUAAUUAUCAUUUAUUGUGAUUGAACCUGUUAUUUUAAUAAUGAUCGUUUCUUCAUGUUCACGCUUUUAAUUAGCUCAUGUCAGCUAACUAUUUAUUAUCCAGCCUGAAGGAUAUCCAUCCAGCUCCAGUGAGGGCAGUCCAGGUCUGGAGAGAGGCAGGAGAGGCCUGGGGGCUGGUGCCAGUAGAAGAGUAAGGCAGACACUGGUUCACGUAGCACACAGUUGGCACAGCACCACUCGUACUAGUCCGGCUGGUUAACAGCGCCACACCCAUCUGAUUGUUUCCUAGUAGAUACAUCUCUUUUGGUAGUGUAAUAAAUCUACUAAAAAAUGCUUUGCUGUUAGGAUUUGUAUUAGAUUAUACUUGUAUUUUAGAGACAGAGAAGAGGCAAAGGUCAGAGUGGCAGAGGAUGUGGAAACAGGAGGAAGACGGCAAAGCAGAGGAAGGGGUGGAAUAAACAGACAGCCAGAAGAAGAUGGGGAGAGAGCCUUAGUCCCGCAAGAAGUGAGAAAGUUUCGGACCGAGGAUUUAGGCUCUUUGCCAGGGAGUCUGGUUUAGUCUUUGAUUCAUUAAUGGCAUAUCAACAUCAGCAUGGUUCCCCACAAACUGCUGGUAUGCCAGACAUGGCAUGGUGCGCAUGUGGUCGGUGCAGGGACACACCAGCUGAUCUGGAGAAGCUAUGCUGUGGCCAGAAACCAGACUACCAGCCAGCUGCCUCACUUCUCCUUGUACUGCUUGAAUCAAGGUAAGCUUAGAAUUCACCGGCAGUACAGGGACGACCUUCUGGUUGUGAGGCCAGCUAGAGAACCUGGUGAUGACAACCAGGAGUACCGUUACACAUAUGGCAGAAUGGCUCUCUGGGUCAGGGAAACCGGCUUGUCAUCCCCAGUUGCUGCUUGUGGGCCAUCAGGGACCGCCUCCCUGAUCCUCAUGGGCAGUACACAGGUUUUGCUCCUGGCUGCUAAGCCAAAAUAAUAACAAUAUUAACAAUAACAAAACAUCUAAAUAGAGUAGAAUUCAAACAUUUUGUCUAUCCUUAUCCAGACAACACGGAUAUUUUAUAGAAAAUGUAAACAUAAUUUAGAACAUGCAGAAAUAAGCAACAAAAUAUUAAAUUUGAUGGUGAAUUAAAAUAAAUCUUUAUUCAAUAUAAAAAUAGUCAUAAGAACAUAUAUAUAUAUAUAUGUAGAUGUAUGUGUGUGUUUUGUUUUUUUGUUUUUUUUCUGUCUGUAAAUAAAAGACUGCAGGUUGAAUCUUUAGAAGCUGUUAUACUAAAAUGUAAAAACGAACCAUGAACUGGUCGUAGGUUUCAGCUUUGCAACACACCCACCACAAAUGGUUGAUAAUGCCCCGCAGCCAGACAAGCAGCUCUGGGUCUCCCUUGGUCUUUGCUACCUUAAAAGUAGACGCACAAAAUAAUUUUGGUUUGAUAAAUACACUUUUGGUCAAUUUGAGUUUACAAUGAGAAGUAACACAUUUUAGUAAGAUAAAUAAAGUUUUAGUCAGCAGGAGUUUCUAUGUCAGGUAACACUUACUGCAGAGAUCUUCUUCUUCAGAUUCUUUGACCCAUGCCACAUGUCAAAGCUGUGUUUGACUCCAGGAAAACGUCCAUGGUCUGUUUGACAUAGUAGAGCAGUGCAGUGUUUCCAUCAAUGCUUUUAGAAAGCGCACUCACCCAUGAGGGCAGAGACCUGCACAUGGGCAUCUGUGCACACCUCAACCACCUUGACUUCAGUAGGGAGUUGGGUCAUGGUGUCAGUAAAUGCCCUCUUUUCCAUGAUCAUGGAUUUCCGUUCUGUCUGACGCUUGUCGACAGUUAGUAUUGAUUCAAUGUCCUUUGAUUCAUUGUCCAUAACUGUGUAAGUGCAGUAUUGAGCACAGUGCUCAGGGCUGUCCCUCCUCCUCCUUUUUUAACAUAUACCUAAAGAUAAACUAUAAAAUAUUUCUUACCAAUAAGCACCACAUCCCCGUGAUUGAUCCAUUCAAGCACCUCCUGUCGUUGCUCCAUCCAGCACUCCUUCACACUGUCCACACAGUACACGUCUUGGAUGGAGUAAAAGGUCCUCGGUGCGACAAUCUGGAUGUUCAUGAACUUGAACAAAAGUGCCACUUUACUGUAGUUGUUUCCUGACAGUAAAAUGUUGCACGCCAUCAGGAUAUCUCCUGCUUGCGUCCCAAUAUAGAGGGUUGACUGGGAGUUCCAUCUCCAGAUUAGAUGACCAGUGGCACAUUUAUAAAAUCUGUCAAAAAAAAAAAAAAGGAAAGGAAAGAUGAUAAG